AUGCCCCAUACAUAUCGAGCUUAGUCAUCCCCAAUAAACGGCCAUGAUUGCUCGAUAGCCAUCUGCAAUAGUUCCCCAAAGAACAAGCCAACAAGAAAUCGCAGCCCAACUCCCCUCACUCAAACCCCCACCUUCAAGCGCGGCGAGAAGGGAAAAACAAAAAAACAAAGAAAAGAAAAAAAGAAACACAGCAAGAGAACAAGAAGAAGGAAAUAGACCGACAGGAAGCGAGAAAAAAGAAGCGAAAGCACCGGGCGCAAUAGACAGAAGAAACCAUGACAAUAACAACAUACCCCGGGGCCUUGACCUCCGACCCAAAUCUCACGAAUCUAUCUCUAUCUCGACUACUCACCCGUCUUGAACAUAAUUUGCUCUCGUCCUCUGCGGACUUGAAGCCGCUACGUCGGUCGGAGUAUCAGCGUAUGAGAGUUGGAGCUAAUAUAGAAUAUGCCCGUGCUACACUCCAAGAAUUAGAACGGAGUCUUCCGCAGGUCAAACCAGUCGACCGUCGUCAUGAAAUUCAAUCGGAUAUCACCCGGGACCGCCAGACCCUGAAACGGUUACAGAGUGUACUAGAUCAGCUAAAUGCUGAAGCGGAGGUAAAUCUCUCCGCAAAAGGCGGGCCGGGGCUGCCCGGUGCGGAGGGGAUUUACGAGGAUGAGGACGAGGAGUCAGUGGAUGGGGAGGAUUUACUCGGGACGCCAGAGGAGGGCAGUACACCCGAUGAAGGACAGGAGAUUGACACGUUAGGAGAAGGGGCGGAGGGGGCGGAGGCUGCUGCGCAGGAAGAAUCAAAGGCAAUUUCUGGGCAGAGCCCUGAGUCUCUGUCGCAUGAGAUGGCGACAACGACGGCGACAGUUGACGCUACAGCCACCACUACUACAGUUUCGCCUACGCCAAGGUCCACCUUACGAAACCGACAUAAUGGCCCGACAGACCUCGCAGCCACAGCAACAGGUUCCUCUUUACACGAACACAACACCUCUACACAGCCAUCUGCUUCCUCGACUGCCAAAAUACAAUCCACCGAAGAGACACUCGACACACACCGUCGCGAACAAGAAGAUAUCACUAACUCUCUUCUGUCCCUUGCGACGCAGCUCAAGUCUUCGUCGCAGGCUUUCCAAUCCUCUCUGGAAUCAGAAAAGUCUGUGCUGGCCCGUGCCGUUGAUGGCCUGGACCGCACGACAGGCAAUAUGGAGGCUGCAGAGCGACGGAUGGGGAUGUUGCGUCGCAUGACCGAAGGGAAGGGCUGGUGGGGACGGAUGAUGCUCUAUGCGUGGAUCUUUGGGUUAUGGAUCGUUGCGGUGUUGAUUGUAUUCAUCGGUCCGAAAUUGCGAUUCUGAUAGCUAUUUUGUGUUUGUAGAGCGUUUAUGUAUGGAGUACUGGUGUUUGGACGGGCAUCGCCAGAGCUGAAUUUCAACUUUCUCAACGACUUGAUAUCCAUGUAUCUUUACAACGCGAGGGUUUGAAUUUAACGUCCAACUCGUUCUAUUUACAA